AGCUGAUUUUCCACUAGCAACUUUCAAUAUGGCGUAUCCUGUACCAUCUAGCGUGGACGUGCGUGCUGGGUGACCACUGCAAUGCUUCUGCCAAGGGACAUCUUCUGGGUCCAGCGACAGAAAUACAAGCUGAACUGAUGACAAGCACUCUACUGUCAUUUUGGUACCCGAGACAGACCUUGUCUUUGCACGGAAGGACGGCAAUUCUGCAGCUUCAGACAAGCUGGAACUUAUUGCCUUUGAUUUUUCCUCAAGUCAGAAAUUGUUCUUUUAUCAAAAGCAUGGAGUAUGAUCAGGGACAAAAUAUGGAAACUAGUGGCUCUAAUCUAGAACUAAAUGCGACUCAGUCAAAAGCAGCCCAAAGUGAUGGCUGUGAUCCAGUGAAAAAUGGUGAGACUGUGAUUACGGAAGGAAGAGCAAAAAUAAUUUUUCCAAGUGCCAACGAAGUGUUUUACAACCCUGUCCAGGAGUUCAACAGAGACCUUACGUGUGCAGUCCUUACAGAAUUUGCUCGUUUACAGCUGUCAUCCAAAGGGAUUUCCCUUGUGGUCCCUGGGGAGGAAAGCACCUCCAAAGUAAUCGUGGAUGCCUCAAAAGACGAGAAAGCUGAUGACUUGGAACAACCGCCUGCUGGAGAUCAGCUAGAGCAGGAGGAUCAUAAAAUAGCAGUCGUGGGAGAAGUAUGCCAGGAUGGGCUCAAAGUGCUGGAGGCCUUGGCUGCUUCCGGACUUCGCUCUAUCCGCUUUGCCAAGGAGGUGCCAGGCCUUCACAGUGUGGUAGCUAAUGACUUCUCAUUCAAGGCUGUUGAACUCAUGAACCGAAACAUUCAGCUCAAUGAUGUAAGACACCUGGUGACUUCAAGUUUCUCAGAUGCCCGGAUGCUGAUGCACAAACGGAAGGCAGCCAAAGAACUCUUUGAUGUCAUUGAUCUGGACCCGUACGGCAGCCCGUCGAUGUUUCUUGAUGCUGCAGUACAGGCUGUGGAUGAGGGAGGUCUGCUGUGUGUCACAUGUACGGACAUGGCUGUGAUGGCUGGGAACUCUGGGGAGACCUGCUAUAGCAAAUAUGGGGCCAUGUCUAUCAAGGCCAAGUUCUGCCAUGAAAUGGCUCUACGAAUUAUCCUGCACAGUCUUGAUCUGCGUGCCAACUGCUACCAGCGCUACAUUGUUCCACUCUUGUGUGUCAGUGUUGAUUUUUACAUCCGUGUUUUUGUCCGGGUCUUCACUGGACAGUCCAAGGUCAAAUCAUCUGCCAGUAAACAGGCCUUGGUCUAUAACUGUGUGGGCUGUGGCUCUUUUCAUCUCCAGAGGCUUGGCAAAGUGGUGGACAAUGGAAACAAAAUCAACUACAAGGCAGCCUGUGGACCUCCUGUGGGACCAUCUUGUGAACAGUGCCACCAGCACCACCAGCUGGGUGGCCCUUUAUGGGCAGAGCCUCUCCAUGACGUGGGCUUUGUCCAGAGAGUCCUCUCAGCAGUUGGAAACAACCCAGGGCGCUUCCAAACAAGUCAGCGGAUUCAGGGCAUCCUGAGCAUGGUGAUGGAGGAACUCAGUGAUGUCCCUCUCUAUUACACCCUUGAUCAUCUCUGCAAAACCAUCCAUUGCAACAGUCCUUCCUUGCUGCAGUUCAGAUCAGCUCUCCUCCAUGCUGGUUACAGGGUGUCGCUCUCCCAUGCCUUCAGAAGUGCCAUCAAAACAGAUGCACCGGCAGCUGUAGUUUGGGACAUCAUGCGCUGCUGGGAGAAACUGAAUCCCGUGAAAAGAGAGCGCCUCUCGGAGAACAGCCCAGCUGCCUGCAUCCUCUCGGUGGAGCCCAAGCUACAGGCGUCCUUCACGGUCCGGGCAGAUGCUAAUCCUAACUCAAGAAAACAAGGUCUGAAACGGUUCCAGCUGAAUCCAGAGCCCUUCUGGGGACCAAAAGUGAGAGCCAAGAUUGGGGGCGGGAUUUCCUCCUCCCUGCAGGAAAAAAGAAAGCUACACCAGAACAAGAGGAAAGUGUGUACAGGAGAGAGCGAUGGGGCUCACCUGAAGAACUUCCCCUGCAAAAGGUUUCGUCAGGGCAACUGUUCGCUGGGAGACAAAUGCUGCUACUCCCACGAGACAGAACAAGAAACAGAGCCAAGUGACACCCCGGGAUCCUGAUGUAAUGACCUUGAACAUCUGCUUGGAUUUUGCUUUUAUUUUUUCAUUCAUAGAAAAGUGUUAUUUUAAAGGAUUGCUCAUUUCCAAUCUGCCCAACAUUAAAGAGUCUUCUCUUUUGA